UUGGUGGGGAAUACGUCUCUGUCAGGUGGCAGACAUCACAGAUUCCGAAAGUAGCAAAUUGUCUGGCUGAAGCAUUACAAAAUAAUUGAAUGAGGCACAUUUGAUGCAUUUACAACUUUCCGUAAAAUCGUAUAUAAAUGUGAUAUGUCUGGAGAUCAGCAGAAGCAGGCUAAGUAUAGUUUUGACUUGUUGGAGACACCAAUUAGCAGUGUGACAUCUGUGGAUCCACUCUCCAGUGGUACUGCCAGAAGACCAAGUUCCUCCUCUAGCUCCUUCAUUGCCCCUCCUUCAAAUGUGAGAAUAGGUGAUGGGAGCCAUACACACAGUGUUAGAUCAUCCAGUUCCACCCUCAGUAGAACGACUAGAACUACCCAAAGCAAUCAGACAGGGUCAGUAAAUACAACUGACCACACCCUCUCUUCCUCUACCAUACCCAGGUGUGUUACCCCAGGGUCACGUAGGGUUCACAGAACACCCCAUGGAUCCUACAGUGCCACCCCAAGGAAUCCAAACACUGCCUAUGUUGUUGCUUUGGUGGAAGGCCGAGGAUUAGCACGUGGAGAAAUUGGAAUGGCCUGUAUUGACCUGAAGAGCCCUGUGCUGGUUGUGUCCCAGUUCUCAGACAGCCAGACAUACAUCAAAGUAAUGACAAAGCUCCAGAUCCUGCAGCCUGCGGAGAUCAUCAUGCCCAACACAGUGUGUGAAAGUGGCAAUAUGACUACAUUGUUCAAGCAAAUAAGCAAUACUUUUCAAAAUGCAAAUAUUGCUACUGUUCAAAGGAAAUAUUUUAAUGAGACAAAAGGUUUACAGUACAUCAAGCAACUGAGUUUGCCAGAGUGUACAACAGUGGAAAUGGAGCUGGCUGGAAAGUAUUACUGCCUUGCCACUACUGCUGCCCUACUGAAGUAUGUUGAAUUUAUUCAGAAUGUUGUAUAUGCACCAAGCUCUCUUAAGGUGAUCUUCAAAGGGAGUGAAAUGACCACAAUGAUUGAUUCAACUACAGCUGGAAGUCUUGAACUGCUUCAGAAUCUCCAAGACCCUAAGAGUGAACAUACUCUGUUUGGCAUGCUUAAUUUCACCAAGACAACUGGAGGAGCCAGGUUGCUGCGGUCCAACAUACUGCAGCCUCCAUGUGACCUGGAGACGAUAACCACCAGACUUGAUGCUGUCCAGGAGUUAACAGAGAAUGAAGAACUUUUCUACAACUUGCAGUCUGUGUUGUCCAGAUUCAUGGACAUUGACCACCUCCUGUCCCUGUGUGUCCAGCUGCCCAAGCAGGAGACCCUAAAGACAGCAGAGAACAAGAUAACCAAUGUGAUCUACCUGAAGCACACUCUGGAACUGGUGGAACCUUUGAAAGAGGCUCUAAAGGACUCCACAAACUCUCUCUUCAAGGCAUACCAUGAUACCCUUGGUGAUUCAAGGUUUGAUGUGAUCAGAGAAAAAGUUCACAGCGUCAUCCAUGAGGACACCAGAUUCCAGAAGGGCAGUCUCAACAUGAGGACACAGAAGUGCUUUGCUGUCAAGCCUAAUAUUAAUGGAUUACUGGAUGUGGCCAGAAGAACAUACACAGAAAUUGUUGAUGACAUAUCAGAACUUAUAAAACAACUGAGCACAGAGCAUAUGCUGCCAUUGAAGACUGGGUACAGUGUCACUCGAGGCUUUUACAUACACAUGACCUGUGGGGGGAAAGACGGUGGUCCAUCUGCUGCAGAACUGCCUGGAAUCUUCAUUAAAGUGAACAAGUUUAAGAAUACCAUUAGUUUUACCACCACAGAUUUGAUAAAGAUGAAUGAUCGAAUAAGGGAAUCCCUACAGGAAAUCUGCCUGAUAUCUAAUGUUGUUGUGAGUGAACUGCUGACUGACAUUCGGAGUCAGAUUGGAUGUCUGUACAAGUUGACGGAGUGUGUGGCUUCCCUAGACCUGCUUGUCUCUCUGGCUCAUGCAUGCUCGCUGUCUGAGUAUGUUCGCCCAGAAUUUACAGAUACACUGGCUGUGAAGCAAGGAAGACAUCCCAUCUUGGAUAAAAUAUCAGUGGAGACACCUGUACCUAACAAUGUGUAUGCAUCAGAUGAAAGCAACUUUCUCAUCAUAACAGGGCCAAAUAUGAGUGGAAAGUCUACAUACCUUCGCCAGAUUGCCUUGCUCCAAAUUAUGGCUCAGAUUGGGUCUUGGGUUCCUGCAGAUUUUGCUUCGUUUCGAGUCUGUGACCAGAUCUUCUCUAGAAUUGGUAGUGAUGAUGACAUUGAGACCAACUCAUCAACCUUUAUGCUAGAGAUGAGAGAGAUUAAUUAUAUUAUCCAGAAUGCAUCUGCAACAUCUCUAAUCAUCAUUGAUGAACUGGGGAGAGGCACCAGUGCUGAUGAAGGAAUUGGAAUAUCCCAGGCUGUCUGUGAACAUCUUCUUUCUCUCAAAGCUUUUACAUUCUUUGCCACACAUUUCUGUGAGUUGACCAACUUGGGAAACCUUUAUCCAAAUGUGGAGAAUUAUCACUUUGAAGUCCAAAGACUUUAUGCAGCGGAAACCCAUCAUGAGAAAUUGCAGUACACCCAUGUUUUGUCUAAAGGCAUUUCCAAGGAAAAACAUUAUGGUAUUGAACUUGCCCAGGUAUCAACUCUACCUUCCUCUAUUGUGGAAGAUGCAAAACUUGUGGCUAAGGCCAUCGCAGAACAGAAAGAGCAAACACAGGGAGCUUCCCUGGAGGCCAGAAAACAUAGGGCAGUGUAUAAGCUAGCAUCCAGACUGAGUCAGGCUGCACACAACUCCAGGCUGGAUGAACACACACUGAGAAUGUAUUUACAGAAUCUGAAGAAACAAUACCAGGAGGAGCUCCAGGAAGAUGCCUCAGAUUCUUAAAAAAGUGAUGAUAUCUGUGCUUGAAAGAUUUUUAGAGAAAAAAACUUGUCAAAUGAUUGAACUUGAUAAAGGAAUAUUUCAACAUGGUAUGAAUUGUAUGAAUACAAGGAUUAUUGAAAAAAGUUGCAGACAGAUAAAAGAGUUGUAAAACCAAAAAGCACAGAUCUGAACAGAUGUUUUUAUUCCUAUAUUUCUUUCUUUCUGAUUUAGGGAAAGAUAUGAGUCAUCAUUGUUAUAUUUAAACAUUUUUGACAAAACCAGAAUUUUGCACAUUUUGUAGAACUGAUGUAAAAGGCUGUAGUGUCUUUUUGUGAAAUUUUGGUGAGAGUAAAAAUGGUUACUUAAUAUUGAGUAAUACUAAGCUACAGAAAGUUCCAAAAUUACUGCUGUCUUCUUAAUUUCCACAAGUUUUGUGUCAUACAAAAAGAGUCAAAUACUAUAGACUAAGUGUUACAUUUAUUGAAAAAAUCUAUAACUCUGAAAAAUGUGCGUCAACUCUUGUGAUAAUUGAAGAACCUGGUAGAGUAUUUGAGAAUGAAACUGAUCAGAUGCUUUUUUUGCUGACAACUAAAUGAAAAUACUGCCAAUUAAAGUGAAAUAAAAAAGCUUGAUUAAUAGGGUCCAAAAUUUAGGAAAAAUAUUGUCCAGAGGUACAGA